AUGGCUAUCCCAAGGGGAGAGUGCAAGGCUAUAACACUAAGAAGUGGAAAGGUUGUGGAAGAAACAACCCCAAGUCAAAACCACCAAGAAGAAGAAAUUGCAAAGGAACCUGAAAUCAAGAAGGAAGAAAAGACCUCUGCACCAUCCUCACCAAAGCAAGUUUUGAAGCCUUAUGUGCCACAAGUACCCUAUCCACAAAGGCUGAGGAAGGAUGGGAAAGACAGCCAGUUCUCUAGAUUCCUAGAAAUCUUCAAGAAGCUCCAAAUCAACAUACCUUUUACUGAGGCUCUAGAACAAAUGCCAUUCUAUGCCAAAUUUUUAAAGGAGCUCAUGACAAGGAAGAGGAAUUGGGGGGAGAAAGAGACUGUAGUGCUCACUGAGGAAUAUAGUGCCAUAAUACAAAAGAAGCUUUCCCAAAAGUUGAAAGAUCCUGGGAGCUUCCAAAUCCCCUGUAUCAUUGGGGAUAUGAACAUUGAGAAGGCAUUAUGUGAUCUCGGAGCAAGCAUAAACCUCAUGUCUUUGGCCAUGAUGAAAAAAUGA